AUGAAGCUGGACACGCGGGCCAUGCGCCAUUUGGCGUCGGAAGACUGGCGAGUCUUGACAGCGGUUGAAAUGGGCAGCAAAAACCACGAAAUCGUCCCAACGCCGUUGAUUGAGAAAAUAGCCCGGCUUCGCGGCGGCGCCAGCGGCGUGCACAGGAGCAUAUCUGCCCUCGCAAAGGUCGGCCUCAUCGCUCGAGUCAAAGAAGCCAAAUAUGACGGCUACCGCUUGACGUACGGCGGCCUCGAUUACCUCGCUCUGCACACUCAUGCCACCCGCAAGCAUGUGUACAGCGUCGGCAGCCGCAUUGGAGUCGGUAAGGAAAGCGACAUCAUGGUUGUCGCCGACGACAAGGGGGCGCAGCAGGUCUUGAAGAUUCACCGACUCGGCAGGAUAUCGUUUCGGUCCGUCAAGUCGAACCGGGACUACCUCAAGAACCGUGCUUCUGGCUCCUGGAUGUACCUGUCGAGGCUGGCCGCCAUGAAGGAGUUUGCCUUCAUGCAAGCAUUGCACGAGGAGGGCUUCCCCGUUCCGCAGCCGCUCGCGCAGUCCCGCCACACCAUCGUCAUGACCCUGAUAGAUGCGUUCCCCCUCCGGCAGAUUGCUGCAAUACCAGAUCCGGCAUCGUUGUAUGCCGACCUCAUUGCUCUCAUCCUGCGGCUCGCCAGCCACGGCCUGAUCCAUGGUGACUUCAACGAAUUUAACAUACUGAUCAAGGAGAACAAAACAACAUCCGAGGACGGCCAGGAGCUGAUCAAGCUCGAGCCUGUCGUCAUUGACUUUCCCCAAAUGGUUUCCAUGGAGCACCAGAAUGCCGACAUGUAUUUCGACCGAGACGUCAACUGCAUCAAGCGCUUCUUUCAGCGCCGGUUCCACUUCACUAGCACCCAGCCUGGGCCUUUCUUCGCAGACGCCAAGAAGUCCAUGGGGAAGAGCGGAGCCAAACGACUCGACGCCACUGCUCAAGCUUCUGGUUUCACCAAGAAGAUGUUGAAAGAUCUGGAGGCUGCCAUUCAGCAACAAGCCGCGAAAGAGCAAACAGCAGUCGACAGUAUCGACGAAGACGAGGAAGGAGAGGAAGAGGAAGAAGAGGAGCAGGGCGAUGCUGAAGAGGAACAAGCAUUCGUAGUGCUGUCAUCAGACAAGGGCGGAGAAAGCCUUAACGACGCAGGAGGACCAUCAGACAACGGCCAACCCAGCCACUCGUCCAACGUGAUGCAGCCAGACAUAUCGAAGCUAGCAAUCUGA